AUGACGAUGAGUUGCCGGCCCCGUUGGCCUGGAGCAGCCCGCGGCGCGCGGGUGAUUCUCCCGGCGAGGAACACUGAAGCCGCCGAAGAGCUCAAAUCUAGCAUCGCCGGCGGUGACCUCACCAUCCUCCCCCUCGAUCUCAGCUCGCUCUCCUCUGUUCGAUCCUUCGCCUCCCAAUUCCUCGCGCUUGGAUUCCCUCUAAACAUCCUAAUAAAUAAUGCUGGAAGAUUCGUGUUUGAUCAAGCGGAGUCGGAGGACGGAUUUGAGCUUACCUUCGCCAUUAACUUUAUCGGUCACUUCUUGCUGACGAAUCUGCUGCUGGAAAAGAUGGUCGAAACGGCGAGGGAGACGGGAAUUGAAGGCCGCAUAGUGAACGUCAGCUCAGUGUGCCAUCGGUGGUUCUCCGGCGACCCUAUCGACUAUUUCCGGCGACUCGCCGCCGGCGAAGUGUGAGCUCCUUAUUUGA